UAGCUCCCUCCCUCCAAAGGCUGAAAGGACAGUGGAUGCGAGGGAAGGAGGGUAGGGAGCGAGGGAGCCAGGGCAGAGGAGCUGCUUCCCCAGGGUGGGCCGGGGGCCUGACUCUGCUCCUCCUGAAACAGGCUCAGAAGACAGACCAGGCACCCUUGGCCAGCUCGGAACCACCUGGAGAUGUCCCUCUGGAACCCUGGCUCUUUAGUGACUGGCCCCAUGGAUGUGGCUUGGUGGUCACGCCCAGCGCCGGGGUCCAGGGGAGCACUGGGUCUCAGCCUCGGGGAAGUGGGGAGUAACGCGGCCGGAUUUCUACAGCCCUCUUGGGUGCAGACGGCGCGAGAGGGCACCGGCGGGGAGGAGCUUGUCAGCGACAGGGACGCUCACCAACUUCCAUCGGCACCUGCACUCCGACCCGGCCUCUUCCCCGUCACCUUCGGAGCCUCCCCUCAGACGCUGGGGUGGAGAGGGGUCAGCUGGAGGUGCGCUUGGGCGUCCACGGCGACACGUGGAUCGGGCACUCGGAAUUGCUCUCUACGCUCAGACACCGGCCUCGGGCCGAGUCUUCCCUCGGACCGGUGUCACCCACGGCUCCACGGGUCUGGACCCACUCUGGGCGGGUCCUUGGCCAGAGAACCCGACCCGCAGGACACGUUUGGAAAGGCUCUCGCGGCGUGCACCCGCCGUGAACUGCGUUCCGGUGCUCUCGGGACCCGUUAUCGGCCUCCGAACCGGCGUCCCCAGGCUCGCGUGACCCUCGUGUCAGUGUCGCCUGUGGAACUGCGUACGAGCCGGGCUGGUGCAAACUGGGUUCUCUGGCCGCCUGGGUCCGCGUUCCCCUGGCGGACCUGGCUCACUUCCACACACCUUUACUGCUCACCCACUGGUUUAGAUUCGCGGGGGCUGGAGACAGAAAGACGGAUGAAGCUGGCCCGGCACAGAAAAGUCUGGUACCGCCUAGCUGGACGCGUGCACGCAUCCCCUGCCCGUGUGUUCCAAAGGGGGGUGGCGGGGGACGUCGGCAGGCUGCAGGCCGGGGGCUGUGAGCGCAGAGGUGUGGGGAGGGCCCAGGCUGGGUCUGGGUUCUCAGAAGGGAGGGGCGAGCGUGAGUGUCUGGGUCCGCCGGCCCGGGUAGACUGCGGAGGCUCUGGCAGGCAGGGCCUGGUCGGGUCAUGGGGCAAGCCUCCUUCGGGGGAAGAGGACCAGGGGUUCCCAGAGGGCGAGAGGACAAGGCGCUCGCGGGGGCGCCAGCAAGGUGCGCAAAACCCGCGCUGACACAGGCGCGCGCCGUCCUGCGUGGGCAGGUUCCAGGUCGCGUCCUGCGCUCUCCCUCUCCUCCGCGCGGGUGCAAACGCCAAAGGCAUUCUCCCCAGAUCUGCGUAGUGCCCGAGGGGAGGCGAGGGCCUCCCUGCAGGCAGGGUUGCCCAGUUCAGCCAAAAA